AUGAAGCUCAGUUUUCUCAGCCUCCCACUGUUCCUCACUCUGGGCCUGGCCCAGCCCGAGAACAGUCUCUUCGUCAGACAGACUGCCAACAGCACCGAGUGCAGCAGCCCUCAGCCCAAUGACUGCUCGUUCUACGCCGAAUGUGUCGAGGCCCGUUACCACUGUGGCUCGACCGGAUACCCUCUCGACUACGGGCAAAAAUACUGUCAAAAAUCGCUGGAUAAUGCCUCUCUCCUGUCAACCGCAGGCCAGGCUUGGGUGACAAAAGUCAUGCUCUGCUUACAAGAGCACUUGGCGCCAUACGACCAGGGUGGUAACCAGACGUUCGCCGAUUGCACGGCUCUGAGCGACUACGCGUUUAGUACGCAUCCAACUUGCUAUGUGCAGGGCGGGCUGUGCACGUUGCCUGUAACGGACUGGGAGACUAUUGUGUUCAAGAUUGUGGGGGUAAACACCCUGUUUGAUAGCUGGGAUGCGAUCAAGGCCACAGUCGAAGCUGCUGCUGGGUGCGGUGAGUUUUAUCUGUGGGCGAUUGCGCAUGGUGUGUUUUGA